AUGAAGGUUUUCGUGAUUAUGGAGCAGCCGGUGCACAGAACCACGGGAGGUCUGGAGGGCUUGGCUCGCUUCAAGGAGAUGGCUAAGGUCUAUCGCUGCCAAAUAAACAUGGCAUCUUUUGCGGCGCCUACCCAGAAGCCAACCUAUCUUUACUCGCAGCACGCAAACAUCAAGGAGUUCUGUCGACCGUCCACGACCCGUUCUGGCCACACCCAACAGAGCCGGGAGGUGAAGAAACACAUUGUGAAGCGGGGGGAGAGUGGCAAGCGGACUGUCACCGGCACUGCAGAGUUGAAGGAUGCCGCCACCGACUUCACCAACUGCUUCGCGAUGCCCGGUGAUACAACCUAUGACAUGGAUGAAAAUAUCCGAUUGCUUUUCGACGGUCCGAUAGACUGGCAAGAGGACGCAGACCUGCUGGAUGUGGUUAGCUUCAUGCUGGACAGCAGCAAAGAGCUCGCUUCGACUAUUGAUGCUGCUUUGCUGGGGAAGCUUGGGCUAACGGAAGAGCAGCAACGGAUGGUGAGAGAGAAGAUGUCAGCAAUGAUGCCCGGCAACAGCCUGCCAUCCGAGACGCCGCCAGGAAGCAGCGCUGCUUCCACCAAUCCGGCCCCAGCAAAACCCGCGCCCGCAGCGCCCGCAGCGCCCGUCGCGCCCGCAGCUCCUGUGUUGACAACUCCAACCCCCGAGCUUAAGAAGGCGCCCCCGCAGCAACCACCCGUGCUGCGCCGGCCCGGACUACUCGUGUUCCCGUCCGAAGAUGAGCCUACCGAAGGUUUUAACGGGCUGUCAGAAACUUGCCCUGCGACGGGGCUCCUAGAGCCUGUGCGGGGACCUUUGCCACCGAUAGUGGAGGCACCAACCCCUGCACCCGCCCACCACGCCCCCCCGAUCAGACUGGACUCAGCUCUGUCUGUGACGACCAGUGCAACAACAGUUCCUGAUGCCGUUGAACAGGAACUGGAGCGGCUCUAUGAUUCACCUGCUGCUGUUCCGCCCCCGGUGGAGCCUCCAGUACGUGCUGUGUCGAGUCUUGUGCACGCACCGUCUUUCGACGAUGCUACAUUGCAGGGUCGAGUGGCCAAG